GGUCGGUCCCCGGGGCCUGCCGGGCGGGCAGCUCUCCUCAGCCUGCGCAGGGCAGCCGGCGCUUCGCAGAGCCUCUUCGGGUGCAUUUUAACCUGCAAAUGUUAAAAUUCUGCCUCAGACACUCCAUGCUGCCCCGCCAUGUGCAGAGGCUGGGCAGAGACUGGAUCGCCCACCGGAAUGGUUCUCAGAUACUUGCCUUGAACAGCCCAGUUUCCAACUGUAUGAGAUGGGCCGGAUGCUAUCCCUGGGCCUCAUUUCCACUUCCUGUUCCAGCUGAUUUCUCAGCAAACUGGAGAGUUCCUCCAUUUCUUGGACCUUGGAGACAAUUUCAGAACUCUAAUUGGCAGCUUGAUAACUUCAUGCAGAGUUCUUGCUUUCACCUACCUAACCCCAGUAUGAAAUCUGAGGGAGAAGAACCACUGACAAAGAAGAGAAGACUCAGUGGCCAGCAUGAUACUUCAGCUCCUGAAGAAGAAACAAACUUCUCUAAUCAGAAGGAAGCAUUAUGUCUUUCUGUAGCACAGAAUGAAGAAAAACAUAGCAGCAAGAAAGGAACCAUCAAAAGACACUGGGAAUAUUUCUGUCAGCACAGUAGAACAAUGAAAAUCUUUGAAAAUAAAGAAACCAACCAAAGCAAUACAGAAAGUGAGGCAAAAUUUGAUUUUACAGUCAUGUCCUACAAUAUCCUCUCACAGAAUUUGUUAGAAGAUAACUCCCACCUGUACAAACAUUGUAGGCAACGCUUAUUAAUCUGGACGUACAGAUUUCCCAACAUCCUACAAGAAAUCAAACAGCUGGAUGCAGAUGUACUUUGUUUACAAGAAGUCCAAGAAGACCACUAUAGAACAGAGAUCAAGUCCAGUUUGGAAUCCCUGGGGUAUCACUGUGAGUAUAAAAUGAGGACGGGGAGAAAACCUGAUGGCUGUGCUAUUUGCUUCAAAACUUCCAAAUUUAGCCUGAUCUCAUCAAACCCCGUGGAAUUUUUUCGCCGUGAUAUUCCACUCUUGGACAGGGACAACGUUGGACUUGUGUUGCUUUUGCAGCCUAAAUUUCACUGUACAACUAAUGCUGCAAUUUGUAUAGCCAAUACACAUCUGCUAUAUAACCCAAGGCGAGGGGACAUCAAACUGACCCAACUUGCAAUGCUCCUGGCAGAGAUUGCUAGUGUUGCCCCUCAGAAGGAUGGCACCUUCUGUCCAAUUAUCAUCUGUGGUGACUUCAAUUCUGUUCCUGGUUCUCCAUUGUACAGAUUUAUAAAGGAAGGAAAGUUAAAUUAUGAAGGACUUGCUAUAGGGAAGGUCUCUGGACAAGAACAGUUUCCAAGGGGACAAAGAAUUUUAUCUAUUCCAAUUUGGCCAAAAAAAUUAGGUAUUUCGCAAAACUGUGUAUAUGAAAUUAAACAGCAACAAAAAGAAGAAAAUGCAGGAGAAAAAUUUGAAGCAGCAAAACUGGACGACACUCAGGAGGUCGUAAUAGCACCUGAAAAGUUGUCUUCAAAAUUGCAGCACCAUUUUAAAUUGUCUUCAGUCUAUUCUCAUUACUUUCCUGAAACUGGGAUACCAGAAGUAACAACUUGUCACUCCCGAAGUGCUGUCACUGUGGAUUAUAUUUUCUAUUCUGCAGCAAAUGAUGAUACUACUGCCCAGCCAGGAGCUGAGGAUUCUUUUCACGGAGGUCUGAAACUUCUUGGCAGGCUGGCACUUCUAACAGAGAAAGAUCUUUGGACUGUUAAUGGUCUUCCCAACGAAAACAAUUCUUCUGACCACUUGCCAUUGCUAGCAGAGUUCAGACUUAUUGAACGGAAAAGGAUUUGUUGGAGCAGAGGCACUGCAGCCUCUAUUCACCUUGGCUGGCAAAUGACCUGACGUCAAACAUCCCCUCUGAAGUGAGGGACGUCUGCUGUACUGGCCCAUCCGAUCGCACCUCCUGUCCGAAAUGCUGUGACGAGGAGCAGGUGAAUAAGCUGUGCAUAGCUGCUGGGUACACAGUAUUCAUAAGCUGCCUGCAAUCGAUCUGCCUGAUUUUGCACAUCCUAAUAUAAUCUAAUAUCAUCCUGCCCCCUUGUACAUCCUAAUAUAAGGGAGUUAACAGAAUUUUCCUUUCAACGGUUAAAUUAGGCCAGAAGCACACAAGGCCAGUGUUGCUAUGACACUCAACAGAGCACGCAUGUGUUAAGCCUCAACAUGAAAUUUAAAGGAAAUAGAUCUGGUGAACUGACAUUUAGGAGCAGAGAUUGCUUCAGGCUGCUGCAUGAUGCUCUGUUUCAAACUCUGAUCAACUCUCCCAGAUCCCUCCAGCCCCAACCACUUUUGUUGAGGAAAAAGCACUGCGUUGCCUGUUCCAGUGCCGUGGCUUGCAAUUUACUGCACCCUCCUGCUUUGGGACUUCAGAGGAUGGACAAGUGGACACAGUAAAGGCUUCAGACUAACCAGAAACAUUCACACCACCCUAUAUCCUCUUUAUCCAUCCCCUCUGUUGAGCACCUUUAGCAGGAUAACAUCAGCUGUGAGCUAAGGGCACACGGACUGUUACCUAGCUCAGUUAACGAGCUGCAAUUCGACUACACACCAGUCUCCUAGCCAGGCACGUACGGCUUAUUGUGUGUUCUGCAACACACCCUUUCUGCCUUAUAGCUGUAUUUCCACGCUAAAAUGCUAUCGUGGGCUUGCUAGCAGCCACCACUGGCAUUUACCUAACAAACUAGUAAGGAACCAGGAUGAGAAGUUAAAGGGGUUGAGGCUGUAAAAUCUACUUCCGUCCUUAAGCACCGCCUCAGCUUUUGUCCUUCAGAAACAAUCCAAAGACAUUCCAGUUCACCUUUCCAGUUCAUGUAUUUUUUCACUGGGAGAUUUCUCCCAGCAGGCCUGUAUAAUUUUAUUGUUGACAAAAACCAGGCUGUAAUAACAGCUUGUCAUCAGCAGGUGAGGCCUCUCAAACGAAUGUGUUAUUCAGCGCCUGCCAGCUCACACUACAGCAAAACACUGCUCUCCCCCUCCCCUGCAAGCUCUAAAAAGCUGUAAUUACAGCAUGUAAGAGAUCCACAAAGAAACAAAACACAGUGUUGAUAAGCACAGCCAUUCUUGAACUAGGAUUUCAACCUAAAGCCUAGCAAGCCUGAAAGUCUUUCCUCUCCUGUGCCUAACAAAGGCCUCUCACUGCAACUAGGUUCUCAGAGAUCCAUCAACGUGCGGAAGAAAAUACCUAAUUUCCCCUCUGGUGUUUCUCGCCCCGCCAUCAGCCGCUGUACAUGCUGGUACACAUCACUCAGCUCAUCCCUGAUGAGGGGAUGCCAUUCCCCCUUCAGAUCCUGGAGACCUCCGGUUGCACAAACUAGCAGAUCUCGAUUUUGGAAACAAAAGGGUUUUAUCACCAGAAGGGAACUCCCUACAGCAGCCCACUCCUCUGCAGCAUCACUCCUGCUGGGGCAAAAGGCACAGUCAGCCUUCAAGCCACCAGCGCCACUGCAUAGAAGCAUCAUUUUAACGUCAGGAACGCAGUUCUUCUCCCUGGCAUCACUUUUCUAACAGAGAGCAGCCUCUUGGGUCUGUUAAAGGGCCCUGGACCUGCUGAAAGCUCCUUCACUCCCCUUCUCCUUCCAAGAGUACUGGCCAGGCUUGCAAGGGGGCUGUGCAGGACCUGCAGGGCUGUCAUCCAGCCACAAAGCACAAGAAUUCCCACCUGCUCUGAGACACUUCAACACCUUCCGCCAAAGCAGAGAUGAAGGUCUUGCAUGCGGAGUUUGCUCCCAGUCUCCUGCUGCCUGCCAUCACGCUGUAAUUGGGUCCUGGAUCUUUUAUCAUGGUGACCCAGGGUUUAUUUUAGAAUAACAUAUAAUUCACUCUAGAUACAGAGCAAUACAACAGAACCACCAAGGAGGUAACAGGUGCUGAAGCCACUUGCAAGGCCACCAGUACUUUACUUGUCUUCCUGUCCUGGAAAAGCAAAGCCGCCAAGGAGGAACCAGCCACUGCAGAGCAGCCACGUGCCCAGCAGCUCUCUCAGGAAACCAGCCCAACUGGCAAGUCUCCAAGCCCAGCAAGACUCACUCUUCUCUCCAGACAUAUGUGAUCCACUCCAGCAACUGCAGAAGCACUAUCAGAAACCAAAAGAUGAAACCAUCCCUCAAAGUGAAUCUAGGAGUUGAAGCCUGGAGUAGCCGAGCCCAUUACAAUGAUAAUUACCCGUGCACUAAACAAGGAGCUCUCGGUGAUAAAAGGCCAAAGGACAGCAUUGUGGACUGAGCGUGAAUUCACAUGUAAAAAUAAAAGCCUGCUGUGAAAUCACCUGCUGCUAAAGUAUCUUGAAGUUAUCUUUAGAAGGUUAGUCUAAUGUCUUUGUUAGCCGCUUUAAAAUAAAUAAAUAAGUGCUGAGACAGUAGUCUGGGAGCCUAUUUAAAAAGCGAUGAUCAUAAAUAUGUGACUAAUCUGGGUUACGUAUAGGCUUUCACAGUUGUCAGCUUCCUGGCAUGAAGCAGUAGAGCUAAAACUCAACUCUUCCACAUCUAAGGUACAGGAGUCUGAAUUGCCAGUGGCUGUAAAAGGGCUGUGAUCUAGAAGCCCAGUUUUGUCCAUGUAGAGGUAUUGCAUGCAGUUAGUCCAUCCUUCCCCGCACAGUUAAAGAAAAACUAUUAGCUACAACGUGUGAGGAAAGUGGUCUGGGCUUUUUUAAGACAAUUAAAAAAUACAAUGCAAGUGAUGUUUCUGCUUUGGCAAAAAGGGAAAAGUGUUACUUUUUCACCUUCUCUGUAAGUUGGACCAGUCCUCAUCGAAAACCACUCCAUCCAAACAGCUCUGUACAAAGGCUCAUCGCAGAGAAUCCAAUUUCUGUCUGAGUGACCAUGACAGCAGGGAACCCCACCACUGCUACCAGACUCAUCCUCCUGUUUUUAAUACCUAUGUCUGAACACCCUUAAAUGUGAUCUACUUUCCCUCCUGUGCAGGUCCCCUACACACCAGGCUGGGUCCACUUCUCCAGAAAGGGGACUGUAUAAAGAAUUAAAAAAGAAAAGGCAAACCCCACACUUCUAUAGGGUGUUGGAUGACUGUGAAAGUGGAAUUUAACCAAGCAAAGGCCAUCAGGGCCUCCAAGGACACCAUGCAGAGAGGCCAUCCAGCAGCAGCAAGCACAGCAAUGCCAGGACAUCGGCAGCACCAGCGGCUUCUGGAGCCUCUCAGGCAACCAAGAUAUCUGGCACUAUUUUCUUAUAUAUGCCAGUGUGAACAUUUAAGCUUCGCACAGCAAAAUAAUACAUUAUCACCCUCAACUUCUGACCCACCAGUGAUGG